AUGUAUCCCGCUGGUUGGUGGGAUGAGUUAACGGUAGCAUUUGUAUUCAAGCGAAGGUACGGUUGGUAUAUCCUCCAGGGAUACAUUCCAACUUAUGUUACAAUUUUCAUUUCAUGGAUCUCAUUUUAUUUGGGCUCAAGGGCAAUACCUGCACGAACAAUGUUGGGGGUGAAUUCCCUGCUAGCAAUGACAUUUCAGUUUGGUAACAUCAUUCGAAACUUGCCUCGAGUCUCAUACGUCAAAGCUAUAGACGUCUGGAUGCUCAGUGGCAUGAUGUUCAUAUUUUUGUCAUUGUUGGAGCUGGCAGUAAUUGGAUUUAUGUCGAGAAAUGACGGUGCGCCAAAAAGAAAAAGACGUAGCUAUGCUUCCGACGACAUGGCUUGGAAAGAAAUGCCCAGCCCUAGGAUAGGACUCCGUCAGGUAAUUGAUACCCGAAUACAACGUUCAAAAAAUUCCAGUUCAUGUUCGCAAAAAUCAAAU